GCUCCAUCAUGACAGCGCUCUGUGGAGGCAUGUGCUGAAGAAGCCCCAUCCGGGACGGAAACGGGGAAGGCGAGAGCGAGGGAGACGGAGGUCGCCCGGUUCUGAGCCCCCGAUUGUCGGGGGGGGAAAGCAGAAAUUAAAAGGAAAAAUAAAAGCAGAGUGUGUGUCUGUGGGAGCGGAGGGUCCCCGAUCCGAUGCGGGGUCGGUUGGCAGCCGCUGCGAUCGCGUAAACACAGGCAACUCCGCACCCUCCCUGUCCCUCCCUGCCUGGCUCAUCUCCACUCGCUUGUCCACCCUGGUGUACCUAUGUGAUGGUGGCGCUGCCGCCCCUUCUGCUGCGGUGACCCCCCCCUCCCCCCACUCCGGUCGAACCCCAGUGCGCCAUGGCCCUGUGGUCUCUUCUGGUGCUCUGGCCCCUCCUUGGGUUCUUGGUGGCACCCUCUACCUGCACUCAGUCCGAGGACACGUCCGGCGGCCCUUCCCACCUCGCACCGCAGAAUGAAACGCUGUGUAACCUCACAUGCACUAGUGCCCCUUCUGAGCAAGAACCUCCACAGCCCACCAGUUCAGCAUCUUCUGCAAAGCCUAGAAUUCCAGAUUCUGCUGCUGCAGGUCCUAAAGUUGCAACCUCUCACAACCCAGAUGAUAGACAAACCCAGGGAGCAGCCAAUGAUGAUAGGACUACCAACGUGUCAGAUUCUAGUGGAACUCGUCCUGCAAGCAACAUUACAAGAAGUGAGCUCUCUGUCUCCAAUGACACUGAUGUCCAGGUGAAACCACCCCCCAUCAAACCCUCAACUGUGACAUCACAGUCGACUUUGCAUGGAACCAACACAUCGCAACCUAUGACCAUCAAGAUGACAAUGACUUCCACCACUGCCAACACAACGGGUCCUUCAACAGCAUCUACCACCACCACAAGUCCUUCAACAACAUCUACGACGACCUCUACAACCACGACAAUGACCACGACAAUGACCACGACGACAACAGUGACCACAACCACCACCACCACCACAACAGAAUUAACCACCACAGCUACCAGCACCACUGCAUCACCAGCUGUCACUUCAACGACCACCAAACCCAAGGAGGUAUCAUUGCCAACCACAACAAAGGUUCUCAGCACCAAAGCUACCUCCAGUUCCAGCAUUCCAGGUCCAGCAACCUCAAUGCCAAGUCCCCGUCCAGGUAAGGGGGUAGGAGGAACAACAAAAGCCAUCGCAGACAUUGCUGGAGACUCCCUGACCCGGCAGCUGGUGGACACAAGCUCUCUGCUGGCCAUCCUUCUCUUUGGCCUCCUCUUCUUCGUGGUCAGCGUGGUCCUCUUUCUCACACAGGCCUACGAGAGCUACAAGAAAAAGGACUACACCCAAGUGGACUACUUAAUAAAUGGAAUGUAUUCUGAUUCUGGAGUUUGAUGGCAAAGUGUUUACACUUCAGCGGUUCAUUUUUUUUUUUUUUCCCCCCUCCUCUCUCUCCUGUCUAUUGGGAUGGGGCUUAUAAAUAGCGUUAAGCCUAAUUUGACCUGCACAAAGUGCACCAGCGUUUGUCCUGAUGCGACAUUGCUCGGUGUUUGAGGUACAUGUACAGCCAUACACACACAGAGAUGUUGUACAGCGAGGAGAUCUUUCUUCAGCUCUGGGAAGGAGGUGUUUGGAGGUCCAUUGGGCUCUUGUUGGUCUCCCAAUAGCGAUGUUAGACUGUUUCUGUGUGUGCUCUUUGGUCUCUCUUCUAUGCAGAUGGUGCUUACUUACCAGAUUGUACUAAACCCUUUGGACUUGAACUUUUAGUAUUUGCUUCAAUAUUACUUCACUUAAGCCAUCAAGAUUUAAAUGUAAUCUUUUUUUUUUUUUUUGAACAUCCUUCCUGAUGACACGGUAAUACUCAGUGUUCUAUAUUUAUUUUCUUUUAUGUUCCUGGGUUCUCUCCAUGGAUCGCGUGGAAAGAUUUGAUCAGUAAUGCCUUUUUGCGUGCGUUUACAACAGAAUCGUUUCCUUGCUGCGGCGUUACGCCCCAGUCGGUGUGGAGCGGGGAGCCGGAGCGCUCGCUGCAUCGCUGAAGCACAUUCACGUCAAGCCAAGAGCGUCUCUCAGCCAUUGCGAAGUGAGUUCCAGGGGUCCGAGAGGCCAGUUUGCAGCCGGUCCGCUUUCUCGAUGCGCUGGAGCGUCGCUCCUGGAAUCGCACGGAUGGAACGGUCUUAUGUGCCAACUGAGCUCUGUGCAGUCUUAUUAAUGCACUCUGAAAACUUACAUGAGUUUUGCAAUAAUAAACAUAAUAAUACAGCA